AUUGUUAUAUUACCGCGAAGGUCACUGGCCUGUAAAUGUGAUAAAACACAACUGGUAAUGGCGUUUUCGCUAGGAGGAAACCUUGGGGCUGCCACAUCCACUCCUGCAUUUAGCUUUGGGGCUGCAAAAACAACUGCUCCAGCACUGUUUGGGGGACUCGGAUCUAACACAACUGCAGGAUUUGGACAGUCAAGUGGAACAACAACUUUUGGUACCACAACAACUACAGCAAGUGCAUUAUUUGGUGGACUUGGAGCACAAAGUACAACUUCAACUGGUUUUGGAGGCUUUACUGGAUUUGGUGCAAAAACCACUUCAUCUGGGUUUGGUGGAUUCGGUUUUGGAACAACAACGACCUCUGCUGGCACUGGUUUUGGUUCUACCAGUUUAAUUCCAGGUUUUGGUGCAAAAUCGACUGCUACUGGUUUUGGUUUGACAACAACACAACCAACAUGGUCAAUGGGGCAGCAGUCAACGCAACAGCAACAACAAGUUGUCGAAAAUCCCUUGGCUAUAAUGACAAGUGCCUUGACAAUGCCAACUUUGUUUGGUGAUGAAAGAGAUUCCAUUAUUGCAAAAUUAAACCAACUGCAAGCACUAUGGGGUCAAGGAAAAGCUUACUAUGCUAAUGCGCCACCAAUACCUUUUGGUCCAGAAAACCCUUUCUCUAGAUUCAAAUCAAUUGGCUAUAGCUGUUUACCUACAGCCAAGGACAGUGAUGGCUUUGUGUCACUUGAUCUGAAACACAAAGAAGGUUACAUAAAAGAAAAUCAACAACAACUCGUUGAAGCCCUACAUAAAUGUCUUGGAAGUAAACCAACAUUAUCUGUGUGUGUAGAUGGCGUCAGAAGCUUGCCCAGUGACAGGUCUGAAGUUGUUAUUUAUGUUGUUGAAAGACAAACAAAUGGCUCCACGCGAAGAAUUUUAGCCACUGAACUCUAUGCAUUUCUUAGUCAGGAUAACAUCAAGAAUCAGUUAAAAACAAUGGGUGUUGAAAACUUGGUAGCAAAGACAACUUUUACAGAAUCACAAUUAAAGCAGUUUCUUGAUACUCCUCCUCUAUGUAUUGAUGCAAUUUUAUGGGAGCAAGCGAAAAAAGAUAAUCCUGAUCCUGCAACUUUAAUACCAGUGCCUAUGUUGGGCUUCAAUGAAUUGUUAACUCGUUUGAAACACCAGCAAUAUCAAAAUACUCAGCAUGAACGAAGACUUGACUUAAUUUCUGAAGAAAUCGAUACACUCCAGAAAUCGCAUUCGACGACUAUUGCGAAAUUGGCACAAUAUAAACGUAAACAUCUUGAACUGGGUCAUAGAGUGCUGGAGGUAAUGAUCAAUUUAGAAAGUUCGCGAAAAAUCGGAUAUGCAAUUGAGCCAUCUGAAGAGCAACUAAGAAUUCAACUAGAGUCUCUACAAGCAGAACUCAAUGCGCCAAUGCAAUUUAAGGGGCGUUUGAAUGAACUGAUGUCGCAGAUACGUUUACAAUCACAGAUUAAUAACAGACAGAGCAGUUCAGCGUACUCUUUAGAUGAACAUAUCAAAGUAGAAAUUAAACAGCAUCUCACGCAGCAACAAAACGGCCUUCUACAACUCAUAUCAAUAAUAAAAGACGAUUUCGAAGACUUAAAAAUCAUUGAAAAUGGCGUUAUGGACAGCAUAUACCAACCACGUCGAUGAAACAAAAACACAACGGGAGCCGAUGCAGGGCAGGUGUGACACAUUGCCUUUUCCGUGAUGUUUGUUUAGCGCAUUGAGAAGAUAAUUGAUGCCGGGAAAACGAUACGUGUAAUAGUAUAAACAGAGGGACUUGAUGUUUACUUAGCUGUGUAAACGAGUCAGGCAAUGUUCAAUUUUUACAGUGUUACAAAUAUAGAACAAACAGCAAAAAUUAUUUUAAUAUGUUGCAAUAUUUUUUAUGUUUUUUGAUAUGUUAUAAGUAUUUAUGUUAAAAGCUGUUUAGCUAACAUUGCAUGCAGACUAUUGCUUCAUGUUAUCAACUAUUGUCAUGUAACAAAAAUAUUUUUAAUUCUUUUCCUAUCAUGUGUUACAAUACAAAAAAAAGUAUCCUUUCUUUUG